UGCGCAGUGGGUCCUCAGCGGUACGACCUCUGCAGCCGGGUAAGUGAAGGAGAGCUGAGCGGAAGUCUCACGAUCUGAUACGGGUUCGAGUGGAUUGAAGCGAUCAGAUACAAAAUGUACGCCUGCGCUAAAUUCGUGUCCUCCUCUGCACUGGUCCGCUCUGGGUCGAGGGUGCUGUACAGACCCCUCUCUGCCUCCGUGCUGUCCAGGCCAGAUGGCAAGUCUGCAGAGGCCUGCCCCGUCCUCCUGCCACAGAGCGCCGUAUCCCAGGUCGCACUGAGGGGCUUCCAGACCAGCGCAGUGAGCCGUGACAUUGACACAGCCGCCAAGUUCAUCGGCGCCGGAGCUGCCACAGUUGGAGUGGCUGGAUCAGGAGCUGGAAUCGGGACUGUGUUCGGAAGCCUGAUCAUCGGAUAUGCCAGGAACCCGUCUCUGAAGCAGCAGCUGUUCUCCUACGCCAUCCUGGGGUUCGCUCUGUCCGAGGCCAUGGGGCUGUUCUGUUUGAUGGUCGCUUUCCUCAUCCUGUUCGCCAUGUAAAGUCUGCGCCGUCUUCCCCCGGGCUGUGACGACCCUCCGAGUCUCGUCUGAGAGUUGUGUGUCGGUGUCAUGACAGUUGUACAUUUUUUCCAGGUUUUUGUUGUGGAUGGCUGACAGACUAAAUGGAAGAGCAUGUAUUGUAAAAAUGUAUUCAAUUACAGAAUUAAAAUACAUGUAUUUCACUAUUUAAAACAA